AUGAUGGAGCUAUGGGCCGAGCUUCAACGUGUGCGUAAGCAGUGCUCGGAAUACAAGGAGCAGACAGAGCGUGAUCUCGAAAACCAGCGCAAUGAGUUCAUCAAAGUGAUGCGCCACGUUAGCGCCAUUGUGCGCGGACUAAACAUCGAGAACGGAUCGCACUCACUACUCUCGGAUUUUUCGAGCGAAAGUGGAGUAGAUGUCACGCACGACACGGUGCUUUUUGAAGCGGUCAAGCGUUUCCAGGAAAGUCAACAGCAAGCAGCACCGGGAAUCGCACCGGAGCUCAUCACUGAGCUUCGUCUUGCUCGAUCCGAGGAUGCUGGCCUGCACAGUGAGCUGAUGAGAAAAUAUGAAGACAGCGUGCAGCGUAUUAUCGAACUGGAGGCUCGUGACGAUGACAGCCAUAACAAGCUGAUUGCGCUUGAAAGUGAUCUGAAGCGUACCCGUGAUCGUCUCGCUGAAAGCCAGGUAAUCACCGGCAAUAAAAUGUUGUGCUUUAAUUUUUUCAGCAAAUUUUAG